AUGGCGAGCAAUGACUUGGAAAAUGGGAACGCUGAAUUAGACCCGCCUCCAGCGUUCCCCGGUCCGGACGAGCCUCCGGAUUCAUCCACUUCGUCUACGACCGCGAGCAAGGAUCCAAGCGAGGAGCUGCCCGGCCUACCGCGACUGAACUAUAAGCUUUUAGAGCACAAGAAGAAACUCUUUUUAGUUGGAGGACUUUUAGUCCUCGAAGGAAGUAUAUUGCCGAUUGUUCUGUUUUAUCCGUUAUGGUACUACACGACGCUGAGACAUGGCAUUCUUUUCGCAAUUAUUACUUCAUUCUUUGGCAUUGUCUCGGGUCUCGAGUUUGCCCAUCGUUCAUGGCGACUGAUCCAAAAAGAUGAUACGUACCGGCCGCUGGACGGCAAGCGCUGGCGCUUUGACUUCACACACACGACACUGUCUAUAGGCUAUACAGUUAUGACGGGAAUUCUAAUCGGCGCAUCCAUUCCCCAUGAACCAUUGGUCCGCCCGCUGGCUAUGCCGUUACCUUUAUUUUUCAUCGAAGUGGGCGCUCUCGCCCUCGCUACGGGUUGGAUGGAAGCCAGGAAUAUGCCCACCACGUGCAAGGUCAGCUCCACUCCAAAAGGAGCGCCGACACCACCUGUGCUAUUGACAUUCAUAGAAGAUGUUGUAGCCGUCGACGGCGGCGCGGGGAAGACGUAUAGACAGAGAAUACUGCGCAGAUAUAAAGUCAGUAAAUAUUUCAGGACGCUGAUUAGGGGCCUGAACUGGUUCUGGGGUGUUGGCUCCAUGAUUAUCGGAGUUGGUUCUUUGGCGGUCGUGUGGACUAUUCCCCAAGAAAUAGCGUACGGCAUAGGUUGGGGAGCACCAUUAGCUUUUACCAUUAUCUGGACAUUCAUCACGAUAAUAUGGACGCGUAGGAGCCUGAGGAUAGAAAAGAAACGUUGGUUAGAUGACUUGCGGCGGAGCAAGCAGGAAAGUGAGAAGCCGUUGGAAUCAUGA